GUGCAGCUGCAGUGAGCAAUUUCUUAGCAUUUCGGCAGGUGCGAGUGGGCUUCAGGGAAUGGUGGGCGGGAUACAUAAUUCCUGCUCGGAGCGCCAUUUCCUUACAUUUAUCAUACAGGGUUCAGCUGUGCAUAUAGUCAAACCAAUACAUUCUCACAACGGUGCAAUUCUUGCUAUCCAAGUUUCGGACCCAUAUUCGGCGAACUGGCCGUGCACAGGGCUGGCAAGGAAUGAAAUUGCUUUUACUACCAUACUUAUCCAUAUGAACUUGUGACAAACAGGCUAUGGCGCGUUUAGGGCGCCGCGCGUUAUCGGUCGACGUGGUAACGCAGCGCUGCUCUCAAGGCGCAUUCUUUAGACCAUUAUUUAGAGUAGUGAUAGUUUUAUUAAGCAUCUUGAGUCUCGCAAAUAGCCUCCCGAAUUACGCGUUGAAUGGGCGACCCUGUACUCACCACCCUGACACGCUGGUGAAGGCCGCGACAGGGACUACUGUGCACAAUGCCGUGGUAUCUGACUUGGCAACUGUCUUCACGGUCCUAACCGGCACCGACAGCAACAGCCCGGUGGCGGUGUCGCUUUGCCGGGGCAAGCUGUACACGUUGCAGGUGGCGUUCCCAGCUGCCCGCCGGGCGCUGCUCACAGCGACCGAGGGCGGCAUCAGCGGCAGCGUCACACCCCUGUGCCCCAACCGUGUGGCACUGGGCGGGGCCACCGGCACGGACGCAGGUGUGGCCCCCAGCUACAGCCUAUUGUACCGCGUGCCCUGCAGCACAGCGGGGUCCUCGGUCACCUUCCAGAUCACCUCCGCGGCGCCCUCCGCCCCCACCCUGCUGCUGGGAGCCUCAGCCUCCCUGCCGCUCGACGCAGCCUGCAGCAGCACCCUGUGCGGCAGUAGCAGCGGCGGCAGCAGCGGUGGGGACGGCGGUGCGGUGCGGGACGCGGCGGCCAGCUCGCCGCCGCCGCCGCCGCCUGUGCGCGGGGGCGCGCAAGGGGCGGUCAUUCCAGCGAUGCCAGGCUCCAUUGCCAGCUGGCGCACCGGCCAGGACCUGGCGUACGUGGCGGUGCGGGUGUCGCGACAGGAGGCGGAGGCGGCCUGUGCGGCCCGGGGGUCGGGCACGCGGCUGGCCAGCACCGCCGAGUGGGGGGCGGCGCUGGGGGACAUGCUGGGCGGCCCCCUGGGUGGGCUGAUGGUGGAUGUGAUGGUGUCGCUGUACGACUUUGGGGACAACGGCGGCAGGCCCUGGCACGUGUGGACGGACGCGGGUAGUGCCAGCGGCUCCACCUGCGGCGGCGCCGUGUCGCUGGACACCUCCACAAUGACACUGGCCCGGACCACCAGCAACGCCAUAUGCGCCCAGACGCUGUUCUACAUGUGCAUCGGGCCCACGGGCGUGUACGCGGCCGGCACAGCCACUGCGACCAAGUCGCCACCGCCGCCGCCACGCACCUUGCUGCCGCCGCCACCCCGGCGGCCGCCGCCGCCGCCGCCCAUGACCCCCACCCCGACCACCAGCGUGUCUGGAGGCGUGUCCCAAACCAUCGGCACCCGCACCUACACGGUAUUUGGCACCCGUGUCACCUUUGCCACCGCCCAGUCCGCCUGCGACCAGCUGGGCGGCGCCCGCCUGGCCUCGGUGUCGGACUGGGGCGACAUCAGCGGCCUGAUUGUGGCGGGCGAGGCGCGGGUGCUGUGGGACAGCCUCAGCCAGUCCAUGUUCGGAUUCGGCAGCUAUGGCGACAAGCCCUGGAACGAGUGGGCCUCGGGUGGCGGCGGUCCUGGCAAGGGCGGGUGCGGCGCUGCGCGUAUGGACCCCAUGGCCCUCGUGCUCACAGACAGCAGUCUCACGGCCAGCUGCAGCCAGACACUCAUGUUCGUGUGCGUGUACGAGCCGGGGGCAGCAACGAAGUCCCCGCCACCCCCCUCCCCACCGCCCCCCGCCCCACCCCCGCCUCCACCACUGCCCAAGGGCGUGCCGGUGAAGGUAUCACCGCCUCCGCCGCCACGGCCACCCCCUCCAUCGCCGCCGUCACCCAAACCACCCAAGAAGAAAAAGCCGCCGCCGCCGCCAUCACCCAAGCCGCCGCCGCCGCCCAGGAUACAGCCGCCGCCACCAUCCCCACCGCCGCCAUCACCGCCACCUCCCCCCACGCGCCCGGCGUCGUUCAAGUCGCCGCCGCCCUCACCACCACCCCAGCCGUCGCCACCGCCGCCGCACCCCCGUCCACCCAACACUCGCAAGCAGUCGCCGUCGCCGCCGCCGCCCCGCCCACGUCUGCCCAAGGUCCGCUCGCCGCCGCACCCACCGCCGCCCAGCCCUCCGCCGAGACCGCCGCCGCCCCCCUCGCCGCCGCCCAGCCCCGCCUCCUGUGACGCCUCGUCGGCUGGCUAUGCCUGCAGCAUGGCUCUGGGUGAGAGCAUGCGGCUGCACUGGAGCCCAGCCAACCUGGCCACCGCCGCCUCCGCUGCCGCCAGCACGCCGCCGCCCGCCAGCUUCUGCGCCGCUGUGUACGGCAGCGGCACACGCGGCUCCGUACAUAUCAUGCUGGAGGCCGCCGGGGCAGACCGGCUGAGUCUGAUCUUCCCGGCUGCUGCUGCGGGCGGGCUGUCUCCGGGCAUCACCGCCGCCAUUACAGACGACGGCUCCAUCCUCACCUCCACGUUCAGGAUCAAGACCACCCCCGGCCCCAGCGACACCGUGGCACUUCCCUACACGGUGCCAGCCGGCUGGGGCGCCCGCCUCCGUCCGCCCGGCACCUCCCUGCCGCCGCCCCCGCCGCCCUCACCGCCGCCGCCGGUCAACUUCGACCCUGCCGUGUUUGGCCCCGGGCCCUGGCCGCUGGGCCUGCCGCGUGCCAUCAACUGGACUGAGGGCCGUGCCGCAGUGCUGCUGCCGCCCAACGCCGCCGACAUUGAGGCGGCUGGCAACGGCGUGGGGGUGUACCGCCUGGCGCUGUGCUUCACUGCGGCAUCCGGAGCACCCACCGGCAUACGCGGCCUGGACUCGUACCUGGCCAGCCUGGUGCCCGCAGACCCCUCCGUGCUGGCGGCGCGGCUGGCGGCCACUGCGGUGCUGGGCCGCCGCAGGCUGCAGCAGCAGGAGGAGCAGCAGCAGGAGGAGGCAUUGGUGACUGGGGAGGCCUCUGGCGUGCUCAUUGCGGGUGCUGUUGUCGUGGGAGGCCAGCGACGGCUGGCGGCCGCGGAGGACGCGCCCCCGCCAGAGGGAGAAGUCGUGUUCAGUCCGCCGCCGCCGCCCCGGCCGCCGCCGCCGCCCUCGCCUCCCGGGCAGGCCGUGUUCAUCGGCAAUGCAGUGGCGGCGCAGCUGGGCGCCGGCGGCCGGCGGGUGCUGCUGCUGCGGCAGGCUGGCAUUGAGUCCACCUGCGAGACCUCAUGCGCGGCGCUGGGCCCGCGCUGGAGCCUAGGCCCCAGUGCCGCGCCCGGCUACCUCCUGCAGGGCACCGAGUACACCGCGGCCUGGGCGGUGCUGCUGCAGCAGAUACCGCCGCGCCCAGACGCCCUCGCCAAGGGGCUGGUGGUGGGCGCCUGGCUGGGCAAGGCGGCGGCCACCUACGUGCCGCGCAACCCGGACGUGGCGGACGGGCCGGCUGCCACCUCGCCCUGCACGGGGCUGCGGUGGGGGGACGGCAGCCUGAGGUCCACCCCCUGUGAGUCGUACGGCUGGUGCAUGUGCUGGAGCGCGUAAGGGUGGAUGGGGAUUGUGGAGGUAGCGCAUUGGUGGGGAUGUGGUAAGAGGUGGAGUGAGUCUGUUUGAGAGAGCGUGUGAGCGAGUGCAGCAUGGUGAGAGGCUUACGAGGGUGGAGGCUGAGAAGCCGGUGUGGCGAGGUGGGGUCAGGAGGCAUACUUUACACGUAAACCCAUAUUACACAUCUCACCAGACGUGAUGUUUGGAUGCAUGUUUAUGUCCUGCUGCCUGCGGAUAUGGUCUCGAGCGGACGUAGGGUGCAGACAGGUAUGGGUAACCGGCAGCCGCGGCAGGACAUUUCAACAUGCCCAUACCAUGACAUGAUGACAUUACUCCGGCAAGCUAGCCACUGGCUGCCUUGCUGGCGCAUUGAUUUGACUACCGACGCGGUAUACUAGCAUGUCAACCCCGAGUGGAAUUACUGCCGGGUCUUCUGUGUGCUUGUCCAGCAGACUUGACCAUGGGGCUUCAAUCACGGCUAGUGUAAACUGUACGAUGUAAGUACGUUGACGAUGGAUGAGGAUACUGCGAUCGCUGUAACGUUAACGCGAG